AUGUCUGCGAGUACAACAGCUAAAUGCAAGAUUUGCGACCUGAAAGUUUCACGAGGCAGAGUUAAAACGGGUAGUUUCAAUACCUCGAACCUAAUCAAACCUUUGAAGUCGAAACAUGUGAACGAACAUAAAGAGUUCGAGACUACCAAGCGAAGCCAGGAAGGACCGCAGCAACAAACCCUGGUCAGUUCACUUCGUGGGAAAGAGCAGUGGGACGAGAAGAGUGAAGCAGCAAGACAGAUGUCUGAGAAAAUAACCGAGAUGACUGUUCUCUGUAACCUGCCCCUCUCCUUCGUUGAAAGCGUGGGCUUCCGGCUUUUUAUGGCUCACACAGUACCUAAGUAUAAGGUCCCAAGUCGCAAAUACAUCACAGGGACGACUAUCCCGGCACUGAAAAAUAAAGUAACGGAGCAUGUUUUAGGAAAGCUAGGGGAGGCAGGGGCCAUAAGCUUUUCAACCGACCUCUGGAGCAGCCAAGUCUCCCCGCUUUCCCUGCUUAGCCUGACAGCCCACUGGGUAGACUUGGAAACAUUCACACCGAAAAGCAUCAUUCUACAUGCGAAUGAAUUCAAGGGAUCACACACGGGCGAAGCUAUUGCAGGAGCAAUUGAGAGCAUGCUGCACAACUGGAGCAUCCCGAAGUCAAAGGUCCAUGCCAUUCUUCGGGACAAUGCAAGCAAUAUGAAGAAGGCAAUGAUGGACCUGGGAGUCUCCAGCCUGGGAUGUUUCUCACACAUGAUUCAACUCGUGGUGCACGAUGGACUGCUGUCCCAGAAAAAUGUGAGCGAUGAGCUGGCCAGUGGGAGAAAAAUAAUCGGACACUUCAAACAUUCCCCAUUGGCCACAUCAAGACUUGAAACUGUCCAGGCAGGACUGGGAAGGCUAAUCAAACGUCUGAUCCAAGAUGUUCCCACCCGCUGGAACAGCACCUUUUAUAUGACUGCGAGCCUGCUGGAGCAAAAGAGUGCCCUCUCACUCUACGCUGCAGACCACCAGCUCCCAGCAACACUGACAGCAAGUGACUGGACCUUGCUGGAGAAAAUCAACACUAUUCUGGCUCCAUUUGAAGAGAUCACAAAACAGAUCAGCUUCGCCACCUCCACCAUCUCAGAGGUCAUCCCCUCAGUCGUCGUUCUGAAGCGUCUGUUGGCCAAACAGACCACAGAGGACAGCGGGAUAAAAACAAUGAAGGCAACACUUCUAGCAGCUAUGGGCACAAGAUUCCAGACCGUUGAGGCGGAGCCCUUGUACUCUGUUGCAACCAUAUUAGACCCACGUUACAAAGACAGAUACUUCACGAGUGCAGAGAACAGGAAGCUGGCAAGAAGUGCACUGACCCAAGAGGUGGAGAAAAAUGAGGAGUCUUCACUGCAGAUAACCACCACUGAUGCAGCAGAGCCAGCCAGUAAGACCCUCCGGAUGACAGCAGAGCCCAACACAAGCAGCUGCUUUAAGGGGCUGUAUGAGGAAUUCCUGCAAGAGCAUGCUGCUGAACAAGGUGGGCCCAGCAGCACAGUUACACAGGUACAGAUAGAGACAUAUCUGGCUGAGAGAACAAUCCACCACGUAGAGAGCCCAUUUGAGUACUGGGGAAAGAAUAAAGAACGAUUUCCCUCCCUGGCUACUACAGCUGCAAAGUUUCUCUCCGCUCCCUCCACCAGCGUAGAUAGUGAGAGGCUUUUCAGCACAGCUUCUAACAUACUGGAUGAGAAGAGGAAUAGGCUGUCAGGAGAUCAUGUAGAAACACUGAUCUUCCUCAAGAAAAAUCUGCCAAUGUAUCUGAGCUUGAACCCCAAAGACUUGAAUCCUCAAGAGGACUGAGUAAACACUACUAAGUGUUGUGUGACAGUUCUGUGACUAAUGUGAAAUUUUUUUAAUUUUUAGUUUCUUCAGUGUGGUUUUUGCAGUUGGUACUUGUUGGGAGGAUACUAGCAUUUAUUUAUUUUUAUUUUAUUUAUUUUAUAAAAUUCUGGCUGCACUUACAGAAAUGCACAUCAGCCUAAACCUAAUUUACAGGAAGAAAUUAUUUCUCAUGUCAGUUCUGAUUAAUCCUGUUUGUUCUUACCUCAGAUACUCAUUAAUGCAGCUAUCUCUCAAAUGUACCUCUUAUUUAAAUAUAAUUUUAUAUUCUUACUGUUGCACUAGUAUUAAACAUGUUACAAUUUUAUGAAAGUUGCACUAUUUUUGCAGAGUUUAUUCAAUUAUUAAUAUAAUUUUACUUUCUUGCACUAGUAUUAUACAUGUUACUAUUGUCACCCAUUCCAGGUAGGCAAUAAAAAGUUGUACUGGAUUAAAUUUGUAUUAGUCUUUUUCCUGCUUCACAAAGGUAUCGGUAUGGUAUCGGUAUCGGCAAA